GUGGUGGGGUAGAGCCUGUGGUAUGGGCUUGACAGAGGGCUGGGUGCUGCUCUGCCUUGGUUAUGUGUGCUAUAGGUGCUUCCUCCUGGUGGUGUGGGGGUGGUAUAGAGAGGCUGCUCGUAAACAGCCCCGAGCUGGGCUUUAUCUGGAUGCAAUCAGCAGGAAAGGAGUGCCUGAUGCUGGCAGGACGCAGCCUGGCCGCUCCCAUCCCUGGGUGCAGAUCAGCCAUCUCCCCUCACCAGCAGCGUGGCCUGGGCACAGCGAUCCUGCAGACAGCCUGCCCAAACCCAGCGCACUGUCCAUGGUUUUCGGUUCAGCUUUCACUGAGCGCCUCCAGUAUCCAGGGAUUGAGCAGAGCGGGCAGUCGGAGCACAGCAGGUGUCUGCCCCGUGUCUAAGAGCUGCCUGUUGGGAUGUGCCAUCCUGUCGAGCUGAGUUUUGGGGCUAAAAUUACCCUCACACCUCCUGGCUGCCUUUGUUUUGGAAGCAAAUGGGCCCUUGGCUGCAUUGAGUUGCCCGGCUAUGUUGCACGGCCGGGAUCUGGUUACCUCUGGAGCUGGGAGCCCUGUCUCUGAGUGGCACUGAGGCUUUUGUUUUUAAUGACUUGCUGCGACGCGUUAAGAGUUUUACAAUGCAGGAGAGCCUGCCAGGAAGGCCGCUGGUGCCGAGCUGCUUGCUGCACAGCCGGGCUGUGAAAGCUAAUAGGAGCUGGGACAGCUUGGGCCAAGCAUCUGUGGCACGGCGCCGGGCUGAAGGCAGAAUAAAUGGGUCUGGAGCUGAACACAGCUCUCUGCCAUGUCCCACGGAGCAAGCCCGAUUGUGCUCUUCCUUAGCACAAAGCUUGAGGAGAGUGAGAACAUCCAAACCUGACUUAGGGCAUCCCCAAAACAAGCUGUGGGGAAGGGUCUUGCCACGGAAGGGUCCCAAUACGGCUUCCUCCCUCCUGCCUGUACCGCCAGCUCUCCCUGGCCUCCUGUUAAUGUUUACAAGGGCUGUCCAAAGAACAGAUCCCUCCCCGGGAUCCUGCUUCCUGCCGGCCUGGGCAGGGUGACGACAGCUGCACAAAGGAAAACCCUCAGCUCCUGCUGCCCUGAGAGCCCAACUGCAGCUGCAGAUGAGUAAUGCCACCCAUGCUUGGCCCUCUCCUGCGGCGCCCAGCUCUCCAGGGCCGGGCACAGCUGCCAGGCUGGCCUCCGCCACCCCAUCCUCAGCCCUCACCCUGCUCACAGCUGCUCACAACGACUCCAAGGAUGGCCAGCAGCUCUUCCUGACCACAACAACAGCACGGGUCAUCUCCGGCAUCUUCGUGUGGUCGGCACUCGUCAUCACCUUCCACCAGAUCUACACGCACCUGAAGAACUACACCAUCCCCAAGGAGCAGCGCUACAUCAUCCGCAUCCUUUUCAUCGUGCCCAUCUACGCCUUCGACUCGUGGCUCAGCCUCCUGCUCCUUGGCAGCCACCAGUACUAUGUCUACUUCGACUCAGUGCGCGACUGCUAUGAGGCUUUCGUGAUUUACAGCUUUCUGAGCCUGUGCUUUGAGUACCUUGGUGGGGAGAGCACCAUCAUGACUGAGAUCCGAGGGAAACCCAUUGCGUCUAGCUGCUUGUACGGGACCUGCUGCCUCCAGGGCAUGUCCUACUCCAUUGGCUUCCUGCGCUUCUGUAAGCAGGCCACGCUUCAGUUCUGCAUUGUGAAACCCCUCAUGGCAAUUGUCACCAUCAUCCUGCAGGCGUUUGGGAAGUACCACGACGGGGACUUCAAUGUCCGAAGUGGCUAUCUGUACAUCACCAUCAUCUACAACUUCUCUGUCAGCCUGGCUCUUUAUGCCCUCUUCCUCUUCUACUUCGCCACCAUGGACCUGCUGCGCCCUUUUGAGCCAGUCCUCAAGUUCAUCACCAUCAAGGCUGUCAUUUUCCUCUCCUUCUGGCAAGGGACACUGCUGGCAAUCCUGGAGAAAUGCGGGGUGAUCCCCGAAGUUCAGAUCAUCGAUGGGAAGGAGGUGGGGGCUGGGACUGUGGCUGCUGGAUACCAGAACUUCAUCAUCUGCAUUGAGAUGCUCUUUGCUUCCAUUGCGCUGCGCUACGCUUUUAGCUGCCGGGUGUACAGAGAGAAGAAAGAAAACUCAACAGCAAACCUUGCCCCGAUGCAGAGCAUCUCGAGCGGGCUGAAGGAGACGAUGAGCCCGCAGGACAUCGUGCAGGAUGCCAUCCACAACUUCUCGCCCACCUACCAGCAGUACACCCAGCAGGCCAUGCAGGAGGCAGAGCGCAAGGCGCCGGAUGAGAACGGGCACGUGGCCUGCAGGGCAGAGGGAGCAGGAGGCAGGAAGAGCAAAAACAUCGAGAAGAGAGUGCUGAUCCUGUCGGACGAGGAGCUGUAGGAGAUAUCCGAGGGGACAGAGACAUUGGAGAGGCUUAAAUGCAAGGAAGGGGGGACUCUCGAGGCUGUGACAACCUGGUCAUGUUGGCACGCUGGAAGGAGGAGAGCCAGGAACUCUACUCAUAAAGCCAGUUCCUAAAAGGGAAGAUGCAAUAACCGGGGAAAGGUUAAAAUAGUGCCAGCUUCUGACUCAUCUCUGAGGUGUUAGGGACUGUGCUCUCUGCUUCACUGCCAGUCUGGGUGCCAGCCCUGUGCCCAUACCCCUGCUGGGCUCCCAGUGAGCCAGGACCGCCCCAGUGCUGUUGGGCAGACUGGCCUCCUCACCCUGCUCUUACCUCCAAACAGCACCGAGACCUGACAAAAAUGCUUUUCUCAGCACAGUUCUGCUCUAGUUUCUCCUGAUUUGGGUAAAAAAAUGAUCUCCAGGGCCCCAUGGAGAAAAGCAGUGCAGGAAGGUGACUUCAAUUCACCUCAAAACCUGGUAAAAUUUGAAAGACAUCAUGCCUUAUUUUUAUGUUUUCCUCUCUACUUCCCUUCAAAAAGCCCACAGAGCUGUACAGGAGCCCUUUACCAGGAGGAAGAGCAGCUCAUCCUCCUCGGCCUCCAGAUGGGGAUGCAGCUGCUGGACCGGAUCUCCUGGGAUCAGAAGUGGGACCUCUCCUGGACCUCACCGCACGGUCCUGCAGCUGCAUUCCUGAAGGCUGCAGUGACAGAGGAGCUUGUUUAUGUCUGAACCCAUUUAUCUGCAAGCGGAUCAGGAGUUAAAAGGGAUUCCAGCUUUCUUAUCAGAGCCAUUAGGGAACCAGACUGUGACUGGUGGUGGUAGGAAUGCACCGACCGGGAACUGUCUGUUCCUCCUAACUCCUCUCCAUCCCCUGUCCCUACCCUGCAUGCAAGAAGCAAGUGCUGCAAGACCAGAAUCAGCGGACGCUGGAGGCCCUGGGGAACUCAGCUGCAUUGAGGGCUGUGUGAGCCAUUUCCCAGAGCACCACAGCAUCCCACAAAUCCGUCGCCCUGCCUGGGCUCUGAGAAGGCACGUGGGGCUGAGCCACUGAGACAGAUUUUCUCUGUCCUGCUAAACUUCCUCUCCAGUUUUAUUUUCUCCUAUUUCUGUUCCCCUGCUGUUAAUCAGAUGAUCCCCUAGGGAACUUCUUCGGGCACCAGCCAGCUGUUGGCUGGGGUGGGAGCUGGGCAGUGGAAGGACAGGGGCAAGUCUGGAGCCUUUGAUUUGCAGUCACAUGGCAAACAAGCCUACGGGUGAGGCUUAUAGCUGUUUUACAGCUCCUAGUAUUGUUUUAUUCCCUGCUCUUGAGCUGCAAAGUGUAAAUUGCAAGAGGAAAUUAUUUAUGAUUUUUUUUUUCUAAUAAACAGCAAUUUCUACCA